AUGGAGCUCGAGUAUUUGACCAGCCUCGGGUUCAGCAUCAUCGCCACGGAGCCGAUUCUGUUGCACCACCCAGAGGACCCUCCACCAGAGCCGGCAGAAGCUAGCCUGGCUUUCGCCGAGGCUGAAGAUCGUGGAGGGCGAGCCGAUACUCCUCCUGUGCCGCCCAAGGUGCAUCGACGCGGUGCAGAGGACGGAGGCGAUUUUCGGGAAUCUAGAGGGUUCAGCGUCCAGCGAAGCACCGACCCGAUCCUGUUGCGCCGCCAAGAGGACUUGGAAGAUGCUAAGCAGAAACUGGAGGAACGAAGGAAGAACCGGCGCCGCGUGAGUAGCAGUCUACUCAUGUCGCGCUGUGCGUUUUUUCAAGGCUACAUUGCAACAUAA